AUGAGCGCGCUGCGUUUUAUGCCGUUGCGGGCAUUCGCCAGUCCCGCCGCGGUUAUCGGAAAACCACCAGUCUCGAUUUCCCGCGCCUCGUUCCCCUCGAUUUCAAAGUCGUCGCUGCGCCCGUCGCUGUCCCGCGAGAUUACUACACUGUCAUGGAAUCGUCUGAAGAUUGAGCCUAAGGCGCUUGUUCGAGGGCGUUGGUACUCGGACAAGCCUCAGGGCGGGUUAGGUGCGGAGAAGAACUCGGAGAACAAGACAGGAGGUUCGGGCUCGAAUCAGGGCCAGCGGAAGGCGAUUAGGUACUUAGUCGUCCUCGGCGUGCUCGGUUUGGGUGCAGUGGUCUUCUCGGAUCAGUACAUGCAUGCGUACCGUGCGGCGGCGAGAAGUGGUCGCGUGGUUGGCACACUGGCCGUUUGUAUCAACGACUACCGCGUCACCCUCAAUAAAGAAGCCUCCUCUCCCGAAGACCGUGACGCUCUGAUCAAGGAUUGCCACAAGCGCUGUGCGGAGCGCACUCUGCGUGUGCUGGAGAAGAACGGAUCGAUCUUUAUUAAGCUGGGCCAGCAUCUGAGUAGCAUGGGCUACCUGCUCCCGAUUGAAUGGACCUCGACCUUCAUCCCACUCCAGGACAAAUGUCCCGUAUCGUCGAUCGAAUCAAUCAGCGAGAUGUUCAAGGCCGACACUGGCCAAACCAUCGACGAAUUGUUUAGCUAUUUUGAGCCGACCCCGACAGGUGCUGCUUCCUUGGCGCAGGUGCACAUUGCCACAUUGCGGGAAACUGGUCAAAAGGUUGCUGUCAAAGUCCAGCACCCAGCGCUCGCCGAAUGGGUGCCCCUGGAUCUGGCCUUGACUCGCUUUACUUUCUCCAUGCUGAAGCGUUUCUUCCCCGAGUACGAUCUGGAAUGGCUGUCUCGCGAAAUGGACCUGUCUUUGCCUAUCGAGCUGGACUUCCGUUGCGAGGCUCAGAACGCCACUGAAGCCAGCGCCUAUUUCAAAAGGCACUCAGAUAUCCCACUGGUAAUCCCCGAAGUGAUGUGGUCUCAAAAGCGCAUCCUAGUCAUGGAAUUCAUCUCCGGUGCCCGUCCUGACGACCUCGCGUUCCUGGAUGCAAACCACAUCGACCGCGACGAAGUCUCCGCAGCCUUCGCUCACAUCUUCAACGAGAUGAUCUUCGGCGACAACGCCCCCUUGCACUGCGAUCCUCACGGCGGCAACAUUGCCAUUCGUCCGAACUCCAGCCGUCGUCACCCGAACUUUGAUAUCGUCCUUUAUGACCACGGUCUGUACCGUAACAUCCCCCGCGAUCUGCGCCGCAACUACGCCAAGCUCUGGUUGGCCGUCAUCGAUGCGGAUGUCCCGCGCAUGCGUGAGUACGCGCACAAGGUGGCCGGUAUCACGGACGAGCAGUUCCCGCUCUUUGCCAGCGCCAUCACUGGUCGAGACUACAGCGUGCUCACGAAGAAGAAUGUCGCCUCCGCGCGCACUGAAGAAGAGAAGAAGGAGAUCUCCGGCGCUCUGGGCGAGGGCAUGCUUCAACAGCUGGUCGAAAUGCUCGGCCAAGUCCCUCGUAUCAUUCUACUAAUUCUCAAGACAAACGACCUGACCCGAAGCCUUGACGAAAACCUACACACCCGCCAAGGCCCCAUGCGCACAUUCCUCAUUCUGGCACGGUACGCUGCACGGUCCGUGUUUGAAGAGCAAAUGGAGUCGAUCCGCGAAUCGGGCGGCGUCUUCUUCAACUUCUUCCGCUUCCUCUCCGCCUGGGCUGGGUUCCUGCGUGUCGAGGUGAAGUUGUCCGUGUACGAGACAAUGCUUUCUCUCAAGAGCCGCUUCGGUCUUCGGACGGGUGUCUGA